AUGCUAGUUUUCGAUGUUUGGGGUUUACCAGCUGGGUUACCCGAGGAUUGCGAACUGGUCCAAUGGGAUGACCUUUGUGGCCAUCAGCUGCCGGUGGGCAGGUGCUUCCGCAUUCAGCCGCAAACUGCCUCUGUUUGCGAGCUUUUGGGGCCUGGCAACAGUGAGGAACCCUCACUGCUCCUUGGCGAUGGCUUCGUGACGCUUCAGACGGAAGGCAGCUUGCGGAUCACCGGCAACCUACGCGUGAGGUCGGCGCGCUUCGAAGCAGAGAGCAUCUUCUUUCAGGACGCCCAGGUGGAGACGAAGCAGAGUGCGCCAAACAGUUCCGCUCAAGGCGGCGGCACAACAUGCAUGCUUUCCGUGUGCACGAGCGAGUGUGGAUCUCCGACAAACGUUGGAGCCUUUACGCUGGAAAGGUCGAACAUCACAGUAACAGGUGGCGGAGCUCGUUGGGGUGGUGGCUUGGCUGCUGGUGGCGACCUCACGCUCGUCGAGGCCUCGCUUCUCAAGGUCGUCGGUAGCGUGGCAGUGCAGGACGGUGGGGGCUUUCAUACAGCAGGAACAGUGCGUCUUCGAGGCGUGUCCCAAAUCAUUGUGGAGGCAACAUCGGCGGCACGAGGUGGAGGCUUCUUCGCGAACGGUGAGGUGGUCGUGGUGGAAAGAUCGCUGGUGCGAGUCCGGCAAACCCGAGCUGGAGGAUUAGGAGGGGGCUUCAUGGCAGAGGGUAUGCUGAGUAUGGCAGCUGGCAAUCUCGACCUCGAGCGCACCCAUGCCGUAAGAUCAGGAGGAGGUUUUGCAGUCAACGGGAGCGUGCUUGCGACUGAUGGCUCGGCCAUCCACAUUAGCAAUUCCAGCGCAGAAAUCAGUGCUGGAGGCUUCCUCGCGCUGGGAAAAUAUGUGAAAGUCACAAACAAAUCCGGCAUUCAUAUGCAGAAUGUCAGGGCCGAGGAGUAUGCAGGAGGAUUCUACGCUUUUGCAGGAUCGGUCAUCGUUGCAAGUAUGUCUGAGAUCACGGUUGUAAAUGGCCAUGCCGCCAAAUAUGAUGGCGGGGCAUUUUUCUCUCGGAGUCGCCUGCAAGUCGAUGAUGGUUCAACUAUCAGGCUUCAGAACGUUUCAGCUGGAAGAUCAGGAGGAGGGUUCAUGGCGUCGCGAGCCAGGGCUCUUGUCCGGGGCAACUCUGAAGUGCUGGUUUCUGAUAGUCAUGCCAAGUAUGGUGCAGGCUUCUACGUAGCCUUCCUAGAAGUGUCCAGCAGUGCUGUGGUUGGCAUCCAAAACAGCACUGCUGGAAGGAAAGGAGGAGGUUUCUAUGCAUGCGGUUGCAGCAACUCUUUAUUGGCAAGCCUUCUGGAAACCGAUGUGGUGACCGUCAGCAGCAGCUCAGCACUUCGCAUUGAAAACACGAUCGCCGAGCAAGGCGGCGGAUUUCAUUCCCAGGGAAGUAUCGUGCUUGCCAUCUCUUCCAAGAUCAUGAUUUCCGACAGCCAAGCGCUGGCAGGACACGGCGGGGGCUUCUGUUUGGCGGGCAGCUUGCAGGUUUCGGAUGGCUCGACCCUCAGAGUUCGGAAUGUCUACGCCUACAAGGCAGGAGGUGCUUUCCUAAUGUUCGGUGGAGGGAGAAAAGACACCGUGCUGGUAAGAAAUAGAUCCCACAUCGACAUUGGCAACGCAACUGCUGGCGUGCAAGCGGGAGGGUUCUUCGCCGCGACAGGCGCAAACACCAAUGUCCUGGUGACCGGCCAUUCGCAAAUACGGAUUACGGAUUGCCAUGGAGGCAUAGGAAGUGGCGGAGGAUUUUUCACUAACGGAUUGGAGGUCUCCGACCAUGCAGCCAUCAUGAUCCGUAACUGUUCAACCAGCGGAGACGCAUCAGGGGGAGGCUUCUAUGUACAGUCUGGGCACCACAACACGGAAGCUUCCGUGUUUCUUGCCAAUAGCUCGAUGGUCAGCAUCCAUGCCACUAAUGCACUUUAUGGCGGAGGGUUUGCGACUAAUGGACAGGUGCUAAUCGCAAACAACUCAACGCUUCAAAUAUCAGAAAGCCAUGUAUCGAAGUUUUCAGGAGGUUUUUCGGCAUCUACUCUGCAAGUGAUCGAUCACUCGGCAGUUUUUCUUGAGAACGUCACAGCUGCUCGACACAUUGGAGGAUUCAGAGCCCAGCGCGGGGUUCUCGUGUCCAACAGCUCGGAAAUUUGUAUUCGCAGAGCGGUAGCCGCAGAGGACAGAGGAGGCUUCGCGUCAUAUGGCCCUGUUGUGGUUGCGAAGAACUCUCAGAUCUCGGUUAGCGAUUCCUCUGCGAGGAGUGGGUGCUGUGGAGGCUUCGAAGUUUCACAGGAGCUUGUCGGUGCAUCGGCUGCUGUGCAUGUGACAGGCGGAUCAACCAUCAGCAUUUCCAACACUGCAGCACGCCUCCAAGCAGGAGGCUUCGCGGCAUGGCGUGGAGAUUUGCUGGUCGUCGACAAUUCAGAAAUCAGAAUUCGCAACACGGCCUCUUCUUCUUCACAUUCGGGUGGCUUCGCACUUCGCGAGGGCGUCUUGGUCACCAACAACUCGCUCAUCACAAUUCGAAAUAGCACCUCCAAAAAGAACAGCGGAGGCUUUUGGACCAAGAGUUUGGAAGUGACCGCCCGAUCGGCGGUGCGCAUCGCGAGCACCCAGACGGGUGGGUCCGGGGGAGGUUUCUGGGCUGAGGACCUCGCACUGGUCGCCGGGCACUCCGAGGUUACGGUAUCCGACAGCCAUGCCAUCAAGGGGAGUGGUGGAGGCUUCCAGACAUCAAAACUCUACCUCGAGGGCAACUCAUCAAUCGACCUGCAGACCGCAUCGGCAGGAGAUAGCGGAGGAGGUGUGAACGCAGCCAACUUCAGUGCUGGCUCGGAAUCUUUGGUUGUUGCGAACGGCUCAGCUCUGCGUGUUCGAAAUGCCACGGCGCGCUUAUGGGGAGGAGGGAUUAGUGUAAUUGGACGUGCCGUAAUUACCGGUUGGUCCAACGUCCAGACUUCCGACUGCCACGCAACAUCAAGAGAUGGCGGCGGGAUCAGUGUGUCCGCGAGACUGCUACUCAACGAGAGCUCGGACGUCAAUAUUCAGAAUGCCACAGCCUGUGGCAAUGGAGGAGGCCUUCGCACAGGAGGAAGCAUUGCGAUCGCAGCUGCCUCCACCCUGGCUAUCUCUAACAGCACUGCCGAACAUGGAGGCGGCUUCCAUGCGGAAUUGUACGGCUCUACGCCUGGUCUUUUGCCUGCAAAGCCCAGCAGUUUUUACGUUUAG